AGAAGCAGAGGUUUUGGUACCGAAUCUAAGACAUCCAUCGAUAUUCUACACUUCCUAUCCUCAUUAUGGUCGCGGGUACACUGGAAGCUACGUCAGCCAACCUUUGGCAAUAGGGCAGUGUCAACAUAUAAAAGGAAGGCCGUCUGAUGCCCUCUCCAUCACCACCACCACCUCCACCAAGAUGGCAUUUACUCUGCGCGUGUUGUUCCUCCUUUGCGGUAUCAGUGGACUGUUUACCGGCGCUUUGUCUAAAGAUAGCAAAAAGGAUGAUAACUGCUGUCCUGAGGGUUGGACUCAAUUGGACAAUCACUGUUACGUCGUCCAUACUGAUCCCAGGACUUUUGCAGAUGCGGAGGAAGUCUGCCAACUUCUUCAUGGCAAUCUGGCCUCAGUCACCAGCGCUGUGAAAAAUGUGCUUGUCUACCAACUGGUUUUGGCAGAAGGUUUGUCGGACGCUUGGAUUGGAUACCAUGAUGCCCUCGAGAACUCCGAUUUUCUUUGGACCGACGGCAGCGAUCCUGAUGCCUUCGUUAACUUUGUUGGAGGUGCGCCUACCGACGCGGGUGACUGUGUGAUUAUCACUACAGACGGUGAGUGGUCUGAUGUCGACUGCGAAACAUUGGAGCCAUAUGUGUGCAUCACAGAAGCUUGCUGCCACUAACCAACAUGUCCCCGACUCUGACUUUAGCUGUGUCAUUUUAUGUCUCUGGAUUGACAAGGAAAUCUUCUUUUCUUCUUCUACAUGGCAUGACAGUCAAUCAAACACAUUUGCAACUUCAUCUCACGUGAAAUAAAAAGAUUCA